AUGCCGUCCGACUCGCCCUCGCUCCCCUCCUACUCGCGCCUCGACGGCAGCGCUCCCCCUUCUCAACGCCCCUACCACCCACCCCAUCACCGCCACCACCAGCCCGCCAAGCUCGCCUGGCACGCCCAAGCCCUCUCGCUCCUCCGUCGACCCGCCGUCCUCCUCCCGACCGUCGCCUUCUGCCUCGUCCUCGCCCUCGUCUCGCACCACGCCCCGUCCCCAACCCCCGACAGCCUCGACCUCGACCCCGCCCAGACUGGGUACAAGGACCGCCUCCACGACUCGUUCGACCGCUUGGCCUCGUCGUGGCGCACCGCCGCAACCCGGCCCCAGUCCGAGGCCGACCGCGAGUGGACCUGCAACCCGUUCGAGGCCAACGGCCGCCUUCACGUCGACCUCGCCGACCCGCGCAAGACCGUGUGGACCCCGUUCGACUCGCGCUGUGCGCCCUCCAACCUCCUCGCCGCCCUGUACCGCCCACCUGGCGACCUCGAGCCCUUGAUCCCGCCUCAUGCCCUCGACGGCGGCGACCGUGACGCCAAAACCGCGUCCAAGAGCGGGCGCGAGUUCCUCCCCUGGUUCCGCAACCGCACCGUCGUCCUCCAGGGCGACUCGAUCGACCGGUUCCACCUCAAGGACUUUUGCGAGUUUGUCGGCGGCCGCCUCGAGCUCGUCACGGUCGACCACCCGGCGUGCCCGCCCCCGUACCUCGUCGCCGACGCCGACAGCGAGCGCCGCGAGUGGGAGCAGAAAUGGGCCAACCGGCCCGACGACGGCCAGGCGCUCACCCAGCCGUGGGUCUGCGACAUUGAGGAGUACGGCACGACCAUCGUCAACGUGUUUACGUGGGGGCUCGAGGGCGCAGAAGACUUCUUCCGUACCGAGAGGUGGUACUACCCGCCGUCACGAUGGAUCGACCGCACCGAGGCCGUCACGGUCCCGCUCCUGCCGCUCCUCGCCAAGCACCUCGACCGGCCCCAGAUCGAGCACCCGGACAUGAUCGUCGUCAACUCGGGCUACUGGGACCUGCGCAAGUACACCGAGGAGGACUUUGUCGCGGCCGGGUUCCUCACACGGCCGUACCCCGAGGACUCGCCGAUCCCGUACACGCCCCUGACGGCCGAGCGCGAGCAGACGUGGGAGCGCGAGGCGCGCAAGGCGCUCAAGCACGUCGCGCGCACGUUCCCGGGCAAGGAGGGCAAGGCGAGGAACGGGCCCACCCUCCUGUGGCGCUCGCUCCACCACCCGCCGCGCCACAACUAUGCGCCGUUCCCUCGCGUCUUCCAGCUCGACUCGCUCGCGCGCAAAGUCCUGUCGGACCUGCGCGCGUCGCAAGACCCUCCCUCGACCGCCCCCUCGUUCCGCAACCCGUCGUCGUCGUCGUCGUCGUCGUCGGCCGCGCCGCCGCUGUCGCCGCUCACGGACGAGGCGCCCGAGUCCGAGGACCUCGGCCUCGCGCACCGCCUGCGCAUCGACGACUCGGGCCGCAUCAUGCUCGGGCAGGAGCACCUGUUCAGGGACUUGCUGCACCCGUUGCCUGUCCCCGGCAGCUGGGUGUGGGGGAACGUCAUGCUGUACGAGCUCAAGCGCGCAGUCGAGGGCGUCGACCGGUGACGCGAGGUUGGGCGGCGAGGGGACGAGCUGGAAGCGCAUCUUAGACCUGCUAUUUAUCAUUGUAUUCUCUCGCCCUC